GCUCUAGGUCUCACGGUUACUUAUUUUAUUAUUGUAAGCCACAUCACAGCAGUGACGCCCAGACACCUAAUCAUUGGAAAUAGAAUUCAAAUCUGGAGUCCUUAAAACAAAGCACCACAGAAAGUUGCAUAGGGGACCGCAUUUAGAGUAACACCGGGCAAAGCGCACGCGUUCCAGGAAGCCGCGGAAGCUUCCGGGAAGCCAGCCAAUCAUCUCUCCAACGCGGACUCAGCGGCGGCAUUUUUAAGUGGAUGGCUAGUUGCAGACCCGCCCUCUCAUUCCACCCUUUUGUGCUAGAAAACCGAUGGGGCUCGGAAUCCUGGCUGCUCUUGAGCUGCUGCGGCUGUCAGGGCUCGAGCGAAGACUUUGGUGGUCGGCCUCAUGACAGGACGGCAAAGAACGCUUUUCCAGACGUGGGGCUCGAGCGUUUCUCGAACCGCCGGGGCUCCGGGUGGCUGCUCCAGAGCCGAGCGGCCCCAGGGCCCCGGCAGCUCGAAGCCGUGUUUGACCGGAGAGGCGGAGGCCCAGCCCGAGUCCGACGACGACGUCCUGCUGGUCGCGGUGUUUGAGGCUGAGCAGCGGCAGCAGAGGCUGGAGAAUGGCGGGUUCUGCACCUCCGCGGGCGCCCUGUGGAUUUACCCUACCAACUGCCCGGUGCGAGACUACCAGCUGCACAUCUCCCGGACCGCUCUGUUCUGCAACACGUUGGUGUGUCUGCCCACCGGGCUGGGGAAGACCUUUAUUGCCGCGGUCGUCAUGUACAAUUUCUACCGCUGGUUCCCUUCCGGCAAGGUGGUUUUCAUGGCUCCUACGAAACCCUUGGUGACACAGCAGAUCGAGGCUUGCUACCAGGUCAUGGGUAUCACGCAGACCCACAUGGCCGAAAUGACAGGUUCUACACAGGCUUUCACCAGAAAGGAAAUAUGGCUCAGUAAGCGAGUACUUUUUCUUACACCUCAAAUCAUGAUAAAUGAUCUUACUAGAGGAGCUUGUCCUGCUGCUGAUAUAAAGUGUUUAGUCGUUGACGAAGCUCAUAAGGCUCUUGGAAAUUAUGCUUAUUGCCAGGUUGUAAGGGAACUGGUCAAAUAUACAAAUCACUUUAGAAUCUUGGCUCUUAGUGCUACACCAGGUAGUGAUAUAAAGGCUGUGCAGCAGGUUAUCACUAACCUACUAAUUGGGCAGAUAGAGCUUCGCUCUGAAGAUUCUCCAGAUAUUUUGCCAUACUCCCAUGAAAGGCGAGUUGAAAAGAUUGUUGUUCCCCUUGGUGAAGAACUUGCAACCAUUCAAAAGACAUAUAUCCAGAUUUUGGAAGCAUUUACCAGUCCUCUGAUUCACAGGAAUGUUUUGAUGAGAAGGGAUAUCUCUAAUCUUACGAAAUACCAGUUAAUUCUGGCAAGAGAUCAAUUUAGGAAAAAUCCAUCUCCAAAUAUUGUGGGAAUACAACAAGGCAUAAUUGAGGGGGAGUUUGCAAUUUGUAUUAGUUUAUAUCACGGUUAUGAAUUAUUGCAGCAAAUGGGAAUGAGAUCACUGUAUUUCUUCCUUUGUGGAAUUAUGGAUGGAACAAAAGGAAUGACACGGGCAAAAAAUGAACUUUGCAGAAAUGAGGACUUCAUGGAACUCUAUCAUCAUCUACAGUGCAUGUUUACCCGUACAUGUAAUACUUCUGCAGCUGGUACUUCUGCCCACAGAGGAGAUAAAGAUAAAAAAUUUUGCUAUAGUCAUCCAAAAUUAAAGAAAUUAGAAGAAGUUGUAGUUGAACACUUCAAGUCAUGGAAUGCUCAAAACUCCUCUGAAAAGAAAUGUGAUGAGACAAGAGUUAUGAUCUUCUCUUCAUUUCGAGAUAGUGUUCAAGAAAUUGCAGAAAUGCUUUUAAAGCAUAAACCAAUAAUUAGAGUUAUGACUUUCGUUGGCCACGCUUCAGGGAAAAGUGUGAAAGGUUUUACCCAGAAGGAGCAGCUGGAGGUGGUGAAACAAUUUCGUGAUGGUGGUUACAACACCCUGGUUUCUACCUGUGUUGGUGAGGAAGGUUUGGAUAUUGGGGAAGUUGAUCUUAUCAUAUGCUUUGAUGCCCAGAAGAGCCCGAUUCGUCUUAUACAACGAAUGGGUAGAACUGGACGCAAACGUCAAGGCAGGAUUGUUGUUAUCCUUGCUGAAGGGCGGGAAGAACGUACAUACAAUCAGAGUCAGUGCAACAAAAGAAGUAUUUAUAAAGCCAUUUCAGGUAGCAAACAAGUCCUUCAUUUUUACCAAAGGAGUCCACGAAUGGUUCCUGAUGGAAUCAAUCCAGAACUGCACAAGAUGUUCAUCACACACAGCACCUAUGAACCAGAGAAAGCUUCUCGAAAUGUUAAGCAGAAGUCUUCUCUGUUUUCCUGUAGGAAUGGCAUGAGACAAAAAAACUCAAAUAAGGAUUACUUCUUAUCAGAAGAAGAAUUUAAAUUAUGGAACAGACUUUAUAGAUUAAGAAACAGUGAUAAAAUUAAGGAGAUAACAUUGCCUCAAGUUCAUUUUCCAUCUUUGCAAGAAGAAGAAAAUGGACCAAUUCAAAACCCAGCCACCGGAAUCCAUCAGCUCUCUCUCACUGAAUGGAGAGUAUGGCAAGAUCGCCCCUUUCCUACGCACCAAGUUGACCAUUCUGAGCGAUGCCACCAUUUUGUUAGCGUUAUGCAAAUGAUAGAGCGGAUGAGGCAUGAAGAGGGUGAAUGCAAGUAUGAAUUGGAAAUGAAAUCGUAUUUACAAAUGGAAGAUGUUAGCUCAACGUUUAGCAGUCUCGGGAAUGGAUAUAGUAAUCCUGUCAGUGACAUCUUUAUUACUCAUGAGAAAUCUUCAUUAAAAAAGACUAUAAAUCAAGCCAGUUCAUUCUCAGUGAUAGAAUCUGAAGAAGCAUGUGCUGAAAUUUAUAAACAAACUCACAUCAAAUCUACUAAAAUUGUUUCUCUAAUGAAAAUAGCUUCUAAAGAAAUGCAAAAGGACCAACCUAAAAAAGAAAACAAUGGUGAUGCAGAUUUUUUAAAUCCUGGCAGAAAUUCUCCUGUUGAGCCUAGUUUUCAGGUAGACUUACCAGAUGAUAAAAGGUCAUCAGAUAUAGAUGGAGUUGCUACCACAUGUAAUGUUAAUAAAAAAGUUUUAAAUCAGCCAGAUGUAUCACUAACAGAGGGCCAGUUUACAAAUAAGUCUAUUUAUUCAUUUGCCGGAAGUUUUUUAGAUUCUGGUUAUGGGAGUUUCAGUGAUGAGAAAUCUGGUUUAUCCACCUUACUUAUUCCAUUUGAUGAAGAGCUUUACAUAUCUAGAACAAAUGAUCAGUUUCAUCAUUGUCACACACUGACAAAAGAGGUACUAGCUAAUGUAGAGAGAUUUUUAUCUCAUUCUCCUCCACCUCUCAGUAGUCUCUCAGACUUGGAAUUUGAAAUUACAAAACUGGACAGUUUGCCUUUUCUGCCCCACACAGAGCAUUUACAAAACUGUAAAUCCACUUCUUUGAUGUCCUGUUCAGCUGUGGAUUCUCAGAAAAAUUCAGAAUUGGAUUCAGUUAAAAUUAUUAAUCAGUCUCCUGAAAAAAGUUGUCUCUUUAGUGCAAAUAUUGCUAAGAUUUCUAAUGAGCCAUACUUAUUUGACCGGGAUGAUAAAAUACAUAAGAAUAUUAAAAAUGAAAAUUUAUUAUCUAACAGUCAUGUUCCAAUUCACAUAGAUACUUCAAGGAAUUUAGUUGACAAAACUAAUCACAAUGUUGAUAAUAACGAUUUCCCAAUAUUGUCCACUGAUCAAAAUGAGAGUUUACUAUUGUUCGAAGAUGUUAAUGGAGAACUUAAUGAUAUAAGCCCUUCUCCAUUGAAAAGUCAGUGCAAAUCUUUGUCUGUAUCAGACAAAACUCUUCUAAAUGAAGUGACUCCAAUCUCUCAGUUCUUAAUUUCUGAUGAACUUUUGUUAGAUGAUGAUUCUGAACCCCAAGAUAAAAUAAUUCAUGAUACUAAUAGUUGUAUUUCACGUGCAGAUUUGAAAGAUACACAUGAGGAAAGACUGGAGAGUGGUGAAUCUGCUUCUGAUUGGUCUAGGGACUUAUUUUCUGUUACCUUUGAUUUAGGGUUUUGUAGUCCAGAUUCUGAUGAUGAAAUAUUAGAACAUACAUCAAAUACAAGUAAGAAUAGACUAGAUGAUAUAUCUGGAAGAUAUUUAGAUAGUAAGAAGAUAAAGGAUGCAAAUGUUUUGAAUCCAUCAAGAGAUCAUGUUGAAAAUUUUACAAGUGGAUCCACAUCUGUCCUGUCAAGUAAAGAUGCGCAGAGUCCAAAUUUUGCACAUUUUCCACAGUGUGCAACAAAAACAAAAGAAUUUGUAUCUCCUGGUUUUUCGCAGUUUUCUUUACCAGUAGGAGAAGAAGUUAUGAGCACACCCAUCUCUAAAUCAAACAGAAUGAACUCAUUUUCUGUUGUAAGAAAGAAAAUUCUCAAGACACCAGAUUCUAAUAAGAAAAAAGCAAAUCUGCAAAGUUUCAAAGAAACAUUGAAUUCAACUUUUGAUGAUUCAUUGUUUUCUCCACAAAAAACUAAAAGCAGUGAUGAGCUCUAUCUGCAUCAGUCCUGUCCUGGUGAAGGUGAACAAUUAUGGAUAAAUUGUGAAAGUGAAGAUGAGGAGGUUUUUCUAAGAAAACAUAAAAAGCGAAAGGAAAAUGUUUUAAAAUCUCCUGAGGAUCAGAAAAGUAGUGAAAUUGAUUCUCCAGUUCAUGCUGUGAAAAAGUGCAGGGUUCUUAGAUCUGAAUUAUCAUCUAGUGAUGAGAGUGAUAACACACCAUAUCUACAAUUAAAAGAUUUGAAGAAUUGUAAUAGGAAUGCUAGAAGACGCAUCAAAGUCCAGAAUGGACAGAGUCGCAGAAAGCGUGUGGCUAGGAUGUUUUUGGAUGAUGAAGCAGAACUUUCUGAAGAUGAUGCAAAGUGCGUUUCAUCAGAUGAAAGUGAGGACUCAGAAAAUGAACCAGAUUCCUCAAUGUUGAACUUCUUAAACGAUGGAACUCAACUUUCACAGGCUGUAAAUGAUUCUGAAAUGAGAGCUAUUUACAUGAAAUCUUUGCAUAGUCCAUUGAUGAGCAAUAAGUACAAAAUGGUCCGUAAGAAACGUAGCAACAUAAACAUUUUCUCACAGAUUCCGGAACAAGAUGAAACCUAUUUAGAGGACAGUUUCUGUGUUGUUGAAGAGGAGUCUUGCAAAAGCCAAUUGAGUGAAGAAGAAGUUUGUGUUGAUUUUAACUUAACAACUGAAGAUUGUUUUCCAAGUGAGAGUAAAAAAUAUACAACCCGACGUGCAGUAAUGCUAAAGCAAAUGGAGAUGCAGCAGAAUUGUGCACGUUCAAAAAAGAAAUUAUCCAGAAUCAUUCUACCAGAUGAUUCAAGCGAGGAGGAAAACAACGUAAAUGAUAAAAGAGAAUCAGAUUCUGUGGUUAACUCAGGCACUGUUAACAAGAACAGUCACCAGGAGGAUCCUUUGAAUUUAAUGCCUGCUGAGUCUUCCGUGCAGCUGAAGGGCCUUUCUAAUCCCAAAGUGGGGCAUGCUCUGGAGGACCCUAGCAUGUCAGCGGCACACUGUUCCAACUCAGGAUCCCAUGUGGCUGAGCCCCAAACUCCUCUUAGAUUUGCACAGGAAGAAAAAAGAACCUGUAUUUUUGCAGAUAGUCGUGAAAUAACUUCUGGUCUCACAGUCAUUUCUUCCCUAAGAGCAGUUCAUGGCUUCCAUGUAGAAGUCUGUCCUCUGAACGGUUGUGACUACAUUGUGAGUAACCGCAUGGUAGUGGAAAGGAGAUGUCAGUCUGAGAUGUUAAAUGCUGUCAGUAAGAACAAGCUCAUUGAACAAAUCCAGCACCUGCAGAGUACAUUUGAAAGAAUAUGUGUGAUUGUGGAAAAAGACAGAGAGAAAACAGGAGACACAUCAAGAAUGUUUAGGAGAACAAAAAGCUAUGACAGUCUGCUGACCACCUUAAUUGGCGCUGGAAUCCGAAUUCUUUUCAGUUCCUGCCAAGAAGAAACUGCAGAUUUGCUAAAGGAACUAUCUUUAGUGGAACAAAGAAAGAAUGUUGGUAUUCAAGUUCCAACAGUGGUGAAUAAUAGUAAAUGUGAGGCACUUCAGUUUUAUUUAAGUAUUCCCAAUAUAAGUUACAUAACUGCAUUAAAUAUGUGCCAUCGGUUUUCAUCUGUGAAAAAGAUGGCUAACAGCUCACCUGAAGAAAUCUCCAUGUACGCACAAGUAACUCCUGGGAAAGCUGAGGAAAUCUAUAGAUACAUUCACUAUGUAUUUGACAUGCAAAUGUUACCAAAUGAUCUAAACCAAGAUAGACUGAAGUCUGAUACAUGAUCAGACUACUUCAAGGUGCUGUUCUUAAAGAACUCUCACAAUACUACGCGCACUUCAAUAAUUGUGGUUUGUGAUUAACAGUUUAAGAUGUAAAUAAUAUUUAUCAUUUAGAUAUCAUGUAUAUUUUUAUUUAUAUGGAAUAUAUGAAUUAUUAAAAAAGGAUAUCUCUUGUGCAAUAAUUGUUUUGGCUAACUGGAGUAUGAAACUAACUUUUAAAAUUAAAUAACAUUUGUUAAAAGUGCUGUUAAGUGUAGGUAGAUGUCUCCCCAAAGCUUCAGUCAUAGAUGGAGCUUUUCAGAGGCAGCUGGAUCUAGAGUGUGU